AACUACCUGUACAUACACAUGCUUUUUCAAAAUAAAUAAAUAAAUAAAUAAAGAGAGAGAAAGAGUGUGAGACUCCAGCUGGCCUACAUAUAGGUGGUAUGAUUGCAUCUUCAAUUUCUCAUCUAUAAAAUCUUCUCUUCCUUCCCCUCAUUUCUACUUAUCCCUUACAUUAGACAGAUAUAGAAGUGUGUAGAAAUGGCAGGUCCCUCAAGUUAUCACAUCAAAAAUAUUUGUGUUUUCGGUGGAUCCAGUCCUGGGAAGGAAAUAGCUUUUUUAGAAGCAGCAAAUCAUCUUGGUCAGGUACUAGCUGAGAAAAAGAUUCAUUUAGUGUAUGGGGGAGGCAGCCUUGGGUUAAUGGGGGGUGUGGCAAUAGCUGCAUUUUUAGGAGGUAGUCAAGUUUUGGGGGUCGUCCCCGAAGCUUUAACAAAAGGGGACAUCAUUGGAAGAACAAUUGGAGAGGAACUACAGGUCUCCACAAUGUUUGAUCGAAUGAAUACAAUGUUUAACCAUGCUGAUGCCUUCAUUGCCUUACCAGGUGGUCUGGGCACAUUGGAAGAGAUCUUUCAUAUUUCCUCUUGGGCCCAACUUCACAUUCACCAUAAACCUAUAGGUUUGCUCAAUGUUAAUGGUUUUUAUGAUACUUUGUUGUCUUUUCUUGAUCAAGCUGUGGAACAGGAAUUUCUAACAUCUUCGGCACGACAAAUCAUAAUCUCUGCUGCUACGGCUGAACAAUUGAUCGACAAACUACAAUCUUUCACCCCUGUAAUUGAUCCUUCCAUGAGUCGCAUCAAUUGGUCAACUACAGAAAGCCGUAAAAAGCUUAGAUUGGAUUUGAGCCUUCGUUUGUGAAUCCUUGUGUCUUUUGGUUUUAUUUCUAACAUAGUAUUUUGUUCUGUUAUUUUUUAUAUUUGUUUAAGUGUGUUUCAGGUUUGUCAGUGUUCGUUGUUUCAGGUGAUGUCUUCUAUACUCUAUCUUUCUACCUUAGAACAUUGAGGACAAUGUCUCGUUUUGGUUGGGGGGAGAGGGUAGUAGUAAUUAAAAAAAAAAAAAAAAACUAACCAACUAACUGUUUUUGUUUAAAAACCAUUGGGCAAAACUGUUAUUACUAGGAUGGUAGAGUAAGGGGGAAUGACUCUUGAGACGCAUCUUAGUAAACAUUUUCUAAUGGUUAUUUGCAAUAUUCAUAACAAGGCCUAUUAGAAUACUUCUUGAAAUAUUCAGGUUUACAAACUCUCGCAUUGUUAUCACUUAAUUCUGCUCAUAUACUCAUUUAACAAGUAUUCUUAAACCUUCAUUUUCACACACACACUUUAACAUAUGAUUGUGGGUUGCACAUUGGAUUAUUACAUUAUUUAUGUUCUUUUGUUAAAGGUAACAACUAAGGGAUAGGGAUAGUCUAUAAUUUGCAAAAAAGAAAAAAAGAAAAAAAAAGAAAAAGAAAAAGAAAAAGAAAAAGAAAAUGAUGAUAAUAAAAACGUAGAUAAGUUUG